AUGACUUUAUCUGGCAACCUUCUGAUACUAACUAUAACAAGGCUGGGCUCUCGGUUUCAGAACCCAAUGUACUUCUUCUUAGGUUACUUGUCUAUUGUUGAUGCCUGUUAUAUCUCAGUUACCGUGCCACAAAUGUUAGUCCUUUUGGUAUCACAUGGCAAUAGUGUUACGUUUGGGGCCUGUGUUGUACAGCUAUAUUCUGUAGUGCUCCUGGAGGGGGCUGAGUGUAUUCUUCUAGCUAUUAUGGCUUAUGAUCGCUAUGCUGCCAUCUGCCGUCCCUUACAUUAUAAUAUAAUCAUGAGCAGGGGAGUGUGUUAUAAAAUGCUUUGUGGGGCGUUAGUGUGGAGCGCAUUACACUCAUCUCUUCACACUGCUUUGAUCAGUCGGUUGCCCUUCUGUGAUAAUGUCAUUAAUCAUUUGUUUUGUGACAUUCCACCACUACUGAAACUGUCAUGUACAGACACUUAUCUAAAUGAGAUUAUACUCUAUGCGGUGAGCGGAGUAUUUGUUGGACUAGGACCGCUUUUGUUUAUCUCCAUCUCUUAUGUAUACAUUGUUCUUACUAUCUUUAAAAUAACAUCUGUAGCAGGAAGAAGGAAGAUGUUUUCUACCUGUGCCGCCCAUUUAAUUGUGGUCAACAUAUUCUAUGGAACUGGAAGCUUUACCUAUGUGCGGCCCAAAUCCAGUUACUCAUUGGAACGUGACAAAUUGGUGUCUGUUAUCUACAAUGUGGCCACGCCUUUGUUGAACCCCAUUGUCUACAGUUUCAGGAAUAGUGAAAUGAGAAGGUCUCUAAUGAAUGGAUGUUGUCAACGCAAUCAUGUUUGGUCAUGUGCAAGUUUAGUUGGAUUGUUGAAUUCAGUAGACCUACCUCAUCUUGAGCUGGCCGUCAUAAAGCAGGAGGGUGUCUGUGGGUCAGAGCAGCAGCAGUGGCCAGAGAUCUGGGGGUCAACAGGAAAGUUGGGCCACAGGUCACAACAACUUUCUAGAACAUCAUUUUAUUCAUCCCUGGAAGUAAAUCGACUAUUAUUCAUCAUCAAUGUCAGACCACCCCAUGGCUCACAUGUUUCUGAUGCUUCCAGUAAACAGGAGACUGCAACCAAUCAUAUUCUAGGAACAGAACUUCAUAAAACUGCACAGGAAUCUGAGGUACAAGCUGGUAAGUGA